GGACUAAGCAUAUUUUGGAUAGGACAAGCGGUGGUGAUUGUGUACACAAAUAUCCAGCAGUGUUUCAAAGUGUCCCGUUUCACCGUAAAAGCGGACAAGUGAAAAAACACGCGAACGGCCUGAGUGAGUUGACACAGUCCGCGGUGAUUGUGACUUUAGGCCUUGUGGACCCAGUCUUCAUCUUGCUACUGUCUUAUUAAAUAAUGGAAGAACCCCAUGUUCACUGCAUUUCCUGCAUUAGCAGACGAUGCAUGGUCAAGCCAGAACCUGGCACUUCCUGUGAUCUCAUCACCUGCCCACUUGUAUGUGGUGCCAUCUUCCACGGCUGCAAGGCUUUCGAACACAAGCUGCUGUGCCCACUGGAAAGGGUACCAUGUCUUAACCACAGCAUAGGAUGCCCUUUUACUCUUGCUCAUGGCCAGAUGGCAGAGCACCUUGAGGUGUGUCCCGCAGGUGUGGUGUGCUGCACUAUGGAGUGGAACAGGUGGCCAGUGAAAGAUGAGGAUUAUCGUUCAUAUGAGAGACUGAGUCAGGAAGCAGACGAGGUGGAGCAGCUUGACAUGGCCCUUGGUCUUCAGGACCAGCGCACCAUGUUAGCAUCACUCAAGCUUGUCUCUCUGGCGCCUACUAGUGGCCCAGAGAAAAAGACUCUGGCAGCAGGACAAAGUGAAAAGCCUGGCAUAGUUUCAGUUAUUCAGGCUCCAUCUGUGCACAAGGAGACAGUUGAGAUGGAGCCUAGUACUGCUGGCUGCUCAAUGGACAAGAUUACCAAUGGGAUAAAUGGCCUGAAUGAAGAACAUUGCAGUGAGCUCUACCAAACCACGGUAGAGACAUCCAAAAGCCUAGCUGCUGCUCUCAACAUCCUGAUUCACCUAAAUUCUUCAGAAACAGACUGUACGACCACUAAUGCAUCAGCUGAACACCCAGAAUGCAAUGGUGAACUGCAAGACACUGGGUUCAUCUUUGACAAAAUAGCCAAUGGGGUCACUGGCCUAAAGGAGGAGUUACAGCCUCAUCAGCACCAAACCCUAAUGGAGAUUGGCAGGAGCUUGGCCUCUGCCCUUGGAACUCUAGGUGAUGCUGUUAAUGGCUCUGAGCCAAUUAGUGUCUCCAAAGUUAAGAAGAUUGGUAAGCACAACCAGUCAGAAACUUUGGAGUUUGCAGAUGUUGAUAUGAAGGACGUUACAUCUGAGGUUGAGCUUGGGGCUGUGGGGGGUAUCGAUGGAGAAACAUCUUCAGAUUUUCUUGUAGAAGGUUGUUGUAAUGAACUUCAUGAUGAGGCAGUGGGUGAGUGUUGUCCAGUUAUGUUAGGGGACAUGGAAAGGCAGGGUUUCUGCAACGGCUCUCAUAGUAUUGCAGAUUGUAAAUGUGAGGCACACCAUCACAUUAUGGAAGCUACACAAGAGCAUCAUCGAUGCCCAGUGUCCCGAGGUUCUUGGGAACUUGUUGGUCCUUUAAUUCCCCACAGACCAGAGUUCAGACAUGGCCAACACUCAUUCUUGAUCCAGGAGACACAAGCACCAUUGCUGCAGCCAACCAUACAUGCUCAGGUUCUGACUGUCCAGAGAGACAGUCCGCUACCUGUCAUGGCAUUAGACUUUGAAGGCAGGGCUUUUGAGAGGAAACUCCAAAACCUUCAGUUGCUGCAAAAUUUUAUGCCACUUCCACUUAAUGGACAGAAGGGGUCAUUCACUAAUGGCAUCCCCUAUAGACAUUCAUGCUGCAAAAUGGAAGACAAAGCCGUGGAUACAUCAGAUUUAAAUCAGGAGCCACAAGACGACCCCAUGGGCUUUAACGAAAUUGACUUUACGGCUGCAGCUCUUCUCUUCUGCCUGGAGGAGUCACCACGAACUAGGAGGAUAUCUGACACAGUCUAUGCAUUUGGUGGGACACGUGUUGACUUCGGCACCCAAACCUUUAGUUUCCCUGCUGCCAUUUUGGCAACAAGUACGAUGGUUGGAGAGGUUGCAUCAGCCUCUGCUUGUGAUAGAGCUGCACCCCGCCUUUCACAACCAAGUCCGUUUUGCACUCUGCGGCUUGAUCUGACACUGGAGCAGCUUGUGCCUCGUCCAAGCUGGGCUCCACGUGAGGGUUCCAUGUUUACCUUUGAGUGUGGUCAGCUUUUCCGCAGAGAGGAGUUCCUCUCGCAUUUCAGAAAUGUUCAUGGAGAUAUCCAUUCUGGACUCAAUGGAUGGAUGGAACACCGUUGCCCAUUAGCGUAUUAUGGCUGUACAUUCUCCCAGCGCAGAUUAUGCCCAUCCACUCAAGGUUCAAAGGUUGUUCAUGACCGCCACCUCAGGUCAUUUGGGGUGCAGCUUGUGUCAAAACAAGUGACGGAACCUAAUUGUGAUCACCUGAGUGGAUUGCCAUUUGAAGUACUUCAACAUGUAGCACGGUUUCUGGAUGGCUUUAGCCUGUGUCAGCUGUCAAUGGUGUCUCGUACAAUGAGGGAUGUGUGUGCCAGCCUGCUGCAGACCCGUGGCAUGGUUGUGGUGCAAUGGGAGAAGAAGCAAUAUUCAGAUGGAAGACAUAGCUGGCAGAUAAAAGACAAGGUUUGGCGUUUUAGUACAGCCUUUAGCCCAGUUAAUAGAUGGGAGUUUGCGAACAUCUAUAGCAUGGCAGACCACCUGAAAUGUUGUCCAUUCAAUGAAGUUCUCCGACAGGUGGAGGCUGUUCCAUUGCCCUGCAUGUGCACAACCAGAGAGCUAACGCGAGACGGCAGAUCACUUCGAUCUGUUCUCAAACCAGUAUGAUAACACAAUGGAAACUUAUUUUAAAACAUAACUAAAACACUACAAUAUCUAACCUCUUCUAUCUAACAUAUACCAUCACUGUGUAAAUAAAAAUGGAAACAAAAUAUUUUUUAAUUGUUAAGAUUAUUUUUGUAUUAAUAUAUCAAAGAUUAGUUUGGUCUGAAAGUGUGUGUGUGUGUGCGUGUGUGUGAUCUGAUGUUUCAUCCACUAAAUAUGUUCUACUGACACACACUCAUGCCUUUGUAUCAAGAUCAAGGCGAGGAUUGGUUUAAUGUAGGGCAAAUUUUGGAGAAACAAAGCUUAAUUUGGUAGGAUUGAAUAAACCUCAAUCUGUUGAAUAGCACUUGAUUUAUUUUUUUGACACCAAGGUAAUUUCUGCAACAUUUUACAGUUAGCAGAUAGUGACUGCAGAUUCCCAUCUGUACAUAUUAGCUCUAUUUUAAAUUUGCAUGAUUUGGUUGAAGUAACUGACCUUUUGGAAUAAACUCUGGAUCAGUAUUGCUCCAGUUCAUCGGGAUUGACUUUGCAAACAGGUUUGCUACACCCUUUUCUUAGAGCAGCUGUCUUGAUUUGGAAUCCAGUUGGAAUUCAAGGUCUCCAUUUUACAAUCCAUGAGCUUGUAUUUAAAAAUUGUAACAGAGCUGUCCUGGUGUAUGAUUCUAUUACCUUGUCAAAGGGUAGGGAUGUUUUUUACAUUAACAACCUAGAUCAGUACUUUAUUAAUGAAAACACUUAAUGUAAGCUCUCCUGUCCAACUGUAAUUAUAAUCAGUAUUAAAUUAGCUAGAAAUGGCACCAGUCACCUUGUGUACAGCACAGGACACUUUGGUUCAGUUUCCAAUACUGUAUCACAAAAUAUCAGUUUGCCAGGUUUGCAUGCCAACCAUAUAUCAACGUUUAGCAUCAAUAGUUGCACUUUAAUGAAAUUCGCAUCUCUGAACGUUACCGUGCUUCCCGUUGAUUAAGAGUCAGGAAACGUUUGGGUAACAUUACAAUUGAAGAGCACAAAAAAGCUCCAUACCACAGACACACAGUAUGUGAUUUGUGACAGUAUAACCUGUCAGCAUAUAAAUGUGUUGUAAGCAAUUUGUUAAGGCAAAUAUUUGAUUGUGCAGUCUGCAAUGUGAACAUAAUUGUGCCUGAAAUUAGUGUUAUGGAUGCUAACAAAUGAGUAGAAUUGCCAAGGAAGGGUUUGUUUUCACCAUUAUCUUUAGUGAGUUUAUGGAAAGCUAUGCACUGUUAAUGUGUUAUGGAGUUGUUUUAGGCUUCUCAACAUGUGUCAGCCAAGUCUAUGUUAUUUAAAUUAAGUUUGUUUUUUUGUAUUCAAACCACACAUUGUGUUACUGAUCUUUGUAUAGCAAGAUUGAAGUCUGUUUUCUGAUUAUUAAUUUGAAUAUAAAGGAACAAACAAAGAAAGAAACUGUCUGUGCAGAACUGUUGCUU